GUGUCCCGGCUUUUCAGUGCCGACUGCGAGUAUGUUGGAGUUGCUGUCGCACGAUUGCUCCUAUGUUAUCAUGACAAACGCGCGAUCUCUGAAGUAUCAGUGUUUUUGAAUCUCUAGUCGUGUCUGUAAACGAAACCUUUCUCGUUUGUUUCCGGAUUAACCCUGUGCUGACCUGCAAUCAUGUCCGAAAUCGUUUCAGAGUCGGACGUCGAACUGAGAAAUGUUUUCCAGCAGAUAUUUAUGGAAUGCGACACGUCAAUGACAUACUCAACGCUGUCCUUAAGCAACGAAGUACCGAUCUCCAAGAUUGUACGAUACGUCCAAGAGCAAUUGCCGAUCUGGUCGCUAAAACACAUGUUAGAAUUAUGGAAGUGCUUGAGUAACGUUUCGACGAAUGACGAAUGUGUGAAUUUGCGACAAUUCAAGGAGGCGACGAAAUGCUGGAUCGCUAAAAUGCUACAGACACAGACGCAGGACGACAACAACAAUAUAGAGAAAGAGUUCUACAAAAACACGAACGACACGACAAUAGACUCGAUGAAAACGAAAAUGGACAAGGAUAUCGUAGAAGUCGAGCUCCGUAUGAGACUUCGGGAAUUCGACGAGGAGAACAUUAUCCUGCGAGAUGAACUCGCACGGGCCGAGGAAUCGAUCGCAAAUUUUGAACGACAAUGCAGCGAUCUUGAAAAUCGAUUGGAUCGUUACACGAAGAGAUCUCAGGAUCUUGAAAGAGAAAAUGACGAGCAGAAAGAUAAAUUAAAUGAAAUGAUGAAGAAUGAGAAGAACUACGUUUCCGCAUAUCAAAAGUCUACAAAGAAGUAUGAGAGCUUGUCGAAGCAAUUGGAAGCCGCUGAGAUCGAGAAUCAAGCCAUACAGCCCUUACAAGAAAAAUUGGAGAAGAUCAAUAAAGAGAAGAGGGACUGCAUAAAACAAGUCGCCAGAUUGCAGGAAGAGCUUUGCGAAAAAGAAGAGGAAUGCGAGAAGUUUAAAGUCAUGAUAGCUGAAUUGCAAGAUACAAAUAGCAGUACGAAGGAUAUAUACGAAAUUACCAUUAGUAAUCUGCACGAGAAGAAUCGUCAACUAAUGGACGCAAAUACGGAAUUGCUGUCGAUGCUUCAGGAAGAUGUGGAAUCGUUGUCGAUGUUUCAGGGAGAACGAUUCUUACUGUCACCAAUCCCAAACGCAGACGGAUAUCAUCCACACAGCACGCCUUAUAAACUGGAGAAAGCGCCGCCACCAGAAAAUUCGUUGUAUGCGGAGCUAAGAGCUUCCGGCUUCACAGCCGAAUGCAGCAGCACGGUCUCGUGCAGACUAGAACUGGAGGAAAAACUGGAGUAUUGCGAUAGCGUAAUUUCCACGACGUUGGAACAACUAAACAGAAUUAUAUCUAAUCUCGCCGCAACGUCGGACUCAAUCGAUGCGUUUGAGCUUGACUUACCGUCCACGGAAGACGCAAGAGUAAGCAAUAUCGAGACCUUGAAACACAAAGUGACUUUCCUGCUGAAUAUGGUAACCGAAAAGAUCGCGAGGAAUAAGAACACCGAAGAUUCGAGCACACAGCUUCGAGCGGACUGUUCAGAUGUGCUCGAAAGUUCGGAACAAUUUGGCAUUAUGAGUUUCCGGGCUGGGCUGACACGCACCAACCAGUGGCCAAAACCGGAGACGGAUUCGCGAUCGAUAUCUUCACAGGACGUGAGCGAUAACAACAAAGACGACCCGUUUAUGAAAGUUAUACGAGCGAACGCGAAAGAUCUGGAUCACAACAUCGUCGAAAUCAUUGAUCCUAUCUUCGACGAACUGGACAGGAUUAUCGAGCAGACCAUUAACUCGCCCGUAUAUAAAGAUCUUCCUGUAUCCGAGAACUCGAGGUACAGAUCGAAAUACACAUUGCCUUUAAGUUUGCAAGCAUCUUCACCAAACGCCGAAAAUACAGAGCAAGCGACCAGUUGUCAGAAUUCAAUAAAGAAUUCUCUCGAUGCCGCAUUCGCUAGCGGCGACGGUCUGACGCGGAGGAAUUGCGGCGGAAAAUCCGCAGAACUCAGAAUGAAAUCGACGCGCGACGUUCCCGGUAGAGAGUGGCCGCCUCACCCCGAAGAAAGUGGACCGAGCGAGAUGUCGAAGGUAUCGAGUGCCUUGCAGAUGGAUACGAAGGCACUGGCUACUUCGACGGAAACAAAUGCCAAGAACUUUCAAGCGCCGGAAGUAACCGUUACGAGUCCCUUGACGAGUCCUCGCAGGAAGUUCUCGGUUUAUUCUCGGUCAUUCGACGUGGUGGAGGUGCGGGAACCGCGCGACGACGAUCAAGGACCGUGUCUGGAGGUGAGACGAUCGCUGAGCAAUUCUUCCAUACGAGGCGAUAAGAAGGCCGAAUCUGGCGACGAAGUCGUCGUCGACAACGAGACGACAGCGAAUGAUCGCGCGCACGACCAAAACGGCGCACGUAGAUAUUUAUUCAGUCACUCUUACCGCAACUCGAGGCACGAUAGCGAUUCCUCGAACAGCUGUUCGCCCCAAAAGCAAUUCUGGGACGGGUCACCGAACGACGAACUGAGUCCGGUUGCACAACCGGAGCCGAGAAAAGUUUACUUAGCGCCCACACGCUUGCAACUUCCAUGGAAAAUCGAGAGCGCAUCAGGCGAAACCGUUGACUCCCUCGUCGCGGGAAAGAACACGAAAGACUGCGUUGCUUCAGCCACGGACUCCUCCGAGUCUGACGUAGUUCCGAGCUCCUUCUCCACCGUUGCUGACGACGGCAAGUACGAGAGGAACGGCGACGCUUCCGUUCACUCAUUCUCAGCGUUUGCUGUAGACAAGUGCGAGACUGUAGUCGAUGCGGCACUCGAGUCUAACUCGCGUUCCGUAAACGAGAAAUUUUUCCAGGGCCACUUGACGUCAGCCCACGCGAUUCCGCAUAAUCAAAUCGAUCCAGCAAAGAUCACGGAUCCAGAGGAUCCCCACCCACAGCGGAGCGUGCGGCAAGUCGACGACGAUCAGCCGUCACGCAUCGAACGGUCAGUCGAUAGCCAAAUGUCGAGUCGCGAGGACACCUCGGCCGGCGAGGACAGCGAGUGCGAAUCGGCGAAACCCAGUGACCGGUGCGUCGACGAGGGAGUUACGAUGGGCGCGAACGAAGCCGACCAAACCGCCGACGCCGUGCUGCCGUUGAUCGGCUCGCCGAUGAGAAAGAAGACACCGUGCGAGAACGCGGUGCAGCAUGACGGAAGGGCGCGCGACAGAAACCUGUUCGAUGCGAAGCAGGAGAGACGGCAGCGGCGUUUGAUGAUGAGAAGAUCGUUUUCGGAAGGUGACACCCGAGCAUUGUGCCGUUGCAGACAACACGAUGGGCCUCAGACUGUACCUUUGAUUCAAACGGACAAUCAAUUCAGAUCGUUCCCAAGUCUGACGAACGAUCGUCUGCAGGAAUCUGGAAUAGCCAACUUGAUGGACACGGAAAUGAAUAACAGGGAAAAUCUGAGCGAAUUCGAGCUGCAGAAGAAGUACACAGCGUUCUCCCUGUGCCUGUGCACGGACCGAGUGACUCUGCUUCAAAGAAUGGAGCUGUCACUCCGGCAACGCGACCAAUCGGAGAGGAAUCUCGCCUGUGAGGUGCAGAAGAUGCAGCAGGAUAUUCAGGAACUUGCGCCACUAUGCACGGACAGGGAAUCCGUGGAGAGAGUGGAGAGAGUCAGGCACCAGUUGGACAUGGUCGCGCGGUGCGCGCACCGAGUCUCUUGCACGGCCGAGACUCUAGGCGCCAUACACCAGGAGCAUAGGGUUUCCAGGGCUGUUUUCUUGGGCGACAGAUACCUGCAGUUGCUGCAGUCCAGAUGCGAGAAGCUGGCCAUCAAUGUCGCUGAGACUAAGCGGAUUCUGAUGGAGAACAACAUAGUGAUAGAAGAGAAUUCCGGCGAGCUUGGCGAUGACUUGCCCCGGAUUCGAUACAGGAGCGGUACACCCGCCAAUAAUCGUAUGAUGAUGGCUAGAAGGAGAGCUAGCAUUGCGACAAUGUCUCGACCGAUGGGCGCUACACAGGAUGUGAUAAAGGACACUGUGAGGCAACGAAAUUCCGUUUCCGGACGCAUGACUCUGAGGAGACCGUCUCUCAACUACGAGUCGUCAAAGUGGGAAAACGAGAGACUGGGUCGCACCGAUAGUUCAAGCAGCAUCAGUGAAUUGCGAGGUAUUUUCGAACAUGCCGAGUCCCGACGCAGCUCGAGGGAGGAGAACAACAACAUGUUACGUUUAAGUCAAUCCAAUAGCCAAAGUAUAAUAAACUGUGCCAUCAUCGACGACGAGAUUUGGACAAACUCGAAACAAGAAACCUGUUCCGAAUUCCUUCGUGUCGACGAGGACGUCAAUCGAGAUUGCAGACAAUGCGCAAGAUUGUUGCAAUCGUUUCAAUUGAGAGACAUGGCUAUAUCAUGGCGUGUAAUAUUGUGGGGGAUUUUAACAUUCUUCUUUGGCUUCUACGUGAAUCGCAUUGUCAGCGACCCAUCAGAUCAAUCGAUGAUUGAGCGGAUUUUCAAGAGAUACUUUCGUACAAAAAACGUGACGCCUCAUCCGACAUGAAUCGCACUUCGUUGAGAUCUGCUCCCAGAAACUUGUCGAUAAUCUCGUACUCCUUUAUGGAUAAAGAGAAGAGAUUGAUAUGUUCCAGAGAUUAAAUUUUAUCCUCUUUGACCAAAUGGCUCAGCUUAGUGACAGGAAUCCACUCUGCUGUCUUCUUUGCCACGACUACGACCUCGUCUUCUACUUCUCUUCCUCCAUGUCCUUUAUCUUUUAAAUCUUCCACGGUCAUCUCCUGUUCCAUGAGAGAGAAAGAGAGAGAGGAGAGCGCGCCAAAACUUCUACGCAAACCUUCACGAGCGGCUGGAGCAGCGUCCACCAUUCUACGGUUUACAUAUAGUUUAGGUCUAAUUGAUAAGAUAAAUAAUAGGACUUAAUAUGUACUGUCACGUAUGUCAAUUGCAUGUGAAAAGGCUGAAUAAACUUUAAAUAAUUAA